AAGACUUCCAGGUCAGUCAGUUAGCAUGAAGCGAGGAGGCUUCAUUGAUUGUGAUCGAAACGAAGCUCUUUAACAAAAUAAAAACGCAACAAUGACACUCACACCUCUCGUUUACUGGGCUCAACGCCAUGAAGAAAUUUACCUGCGAGUGGAGCUGACAGACGCUCAGAAUAUAGAUGUCCAUGUACAGGAAAGCGUCCUUCAGUUUAGAGCCCGGGGCCAUGGUGCAAAAGGACAAAAUGAAUAUGAGUUCCGCUUGGAGUUUCUUUCACCAGUGAAGCCAGAGGUGAGCCACAAGUCCACACAACGGCAGGUAAAUAUCACAGUGCGGAAAGAGCAGCGUGGCUGGUGGGAGAGACUCACCAUACAGGAGCGUAAACCUGUUUUCCUGGCACCAGACUUUGACCGCUGGCUGGAUGAGUCAGAUGCUGAGAUGGAGAUCCGAGAAAAGGAGGAGAAAAGGAACAAGCUGAAGGCUUUGAGGCAGAAAGAGGAAGGGUUUGUCAGCCUGAAAACAGGAUUUUUGUUUGUAUAUAACCUGGUACAGUUUCUUGGUUUUUCAUGGAUCUUUGUCAACAUGACUGUGCGCCUCUUUAUCUUCGGCCAAGAUUCUCUCUACGACACAUUUCACACAAUAUCGGAUGUGAUGUUCUUCUGCCAGAUCCUGGCAGCAGUAGAGGUCCUCAACGCUGCUUUUGGUGUAGUCAGAACAGCUGUUGUUCCAACACUUAUACAGGUGGUUGGAAGGAAUUUUAUCCUCUUCAUCAUUUUUGGUAGUUUGGAGGAAAUGCACCACCAGCCAGUUGUGUUCUUUGUUUUCUAUCUGUGGAGUGCCAUCGAGAUUUUUAGGUAUCCAUUUUACAUGCUGGGCUGUUUUGAUACGGAGUGGAAAACCCUCACGUGGCUGCGGUACACAAUCUGGAUACCACUGUACCCACUAGGUGUUUUAGCUGAAGCUGUUGCUGUUAUACAAUCCAUUCCCAUCUUUUACGAAACCAAACUCUUCAGCAUUCCUCUGCCGAAAGCUAUCGGGACCUCUAUCAGCUUCUCUUACAUCCUGCACAUUUAUCUUGUUCUCAUGUUUCUGGGACUUUUUAUCAACUUUCGUCAUCUUUACAAGCAGAGGAAGAGGCGUUUCCGUACCAAGAAGAGGAAAGCAAAUUGAGAUUCAGCACCAACAACAAUCCUCAAACACCUUUGCUGCCUGCUAAUUUUCUGGAGGAUUUUUUUAUAUGAUCCUCACAAACCAUGGUCCAGUCAAAUCAGUGAUGUUAUGAAGAUAUUUUCUUUUCCACAGCCUGUUUGCUCUCAAUGAUUUCCUUUAUGGUCAAAAUGAAAAUCCUAAAGAUGAUGCAAUAUUUCAUCACUGCAUAGACAGUCUCACUUAUCGGUGAUUGAAUUCUCUUAUGUGAAUUUUGUAGAAUAGUAAACUAACCCAUAACCAGUCACAGAUCAUGUGAUCCGGUGUGAUACAGUGUUUCUUUUUCCUUUUAAUCUAGGUUGAGUUUUUUGUUUGU